GGCGCAGCGGCAACUGCUGCUCAGGGACCCCCGCGGCCGGCCCAGGUGCUCAUGAUGGGGCUGAUCUUCGCUAAACUGUGGAGCCUCUUCUGUAACCAAGAACACAAAGUGAUUAUAGUGGGACUGGAUAAUGCAGGGAAAACUACCAUUCUUUAUCAAUUCUUAAUGAAUGAAGUGGUUCAUACAUCUCCAACCAUAGGAAGCAAUGUUGAAGAAAUAGUUGUGAAGAAUACUCAUUUUCUUAUGUGGGAUAUCGGUGGUCAAGAGUCACUCCGGUCGUCCUGGAACACGUAUUACUCAAAUACAGAGUUCAUCAUUCUUGUUGUUGAUAGCAUUGACAGGGAACGACUAGCUAUUACGAAAGAAGAAUUAUACAGAAUGUUGGCUCAUGAGGAUUUACGGAAGGCUGCAGUCCUUAUCUUUGCAAAUAAACAGGAUAUGAAAGGGUGUAUGACAGCAGCUGAAAUCUCCAAAUACCUCACCCUUAGUUCAAUUAAGGAUCAUCCAUGGCACAUUCAGUCCUGCUGUGCUUUAACAGGAGAAGGGUUAUGCCAAGGUCUAGAGUGGAUGACCUCCAGAAUUGGUACACAAGUUUCCAUAUGUGGCCCUGGCUUUUGGGAUGACCUUGAAGGUGAGGCAUGGGAGGAGUAAGACCGCUUUCCUGCCAAAUUACAGUUUCAUUUCCUUGGCCCAACAGACUCUGACCAUGUCUGUGCCAAUAUAGAUUAUGCUUAGAGAAUUUUCCCUGAAAUUGUCCAUGGGGACUCCAAUCAGUAAUAACAAUUCCAGUGUCAGUGUCAUUUAGUAGGACAGAGGGAUUAUGACCCCGGCAGGCAGUCCAUUCUAAACGCUGAAAUCCUGGCUCUAAUUGUGGCAGAGGGCAUAAAGUUAAAUAACUUUCCAAGUCAGAAGUAAUAGCCUGAUUCGUGUUCACCUUAAAUCCUUUUACUGACAACAUGACAAUAGAAGAGGCGAAGGUAGAGUGGUUAUAACGAAGACCCCAAGCCUCAUGUGAAGGUUUCAAGCAAAACUUAUGACCAAUGCAUAUAGGGUAUCCUACUACUAACAUCAGUGUGCAGAAUGGAGGGAUGAGUAGCCAUCCUCCGCAGGAAGGAACGGGAAAUAUGAAAGUGUUACUAGUACAGACAGGGAUUUCAUCUUCUCCCCAAGCCACCCCUCGUAUCAGAGGGGGGUAUGGAAUAUAAGCCCAGUAGGAAUAGGGAGUAGUUGAGACUAUACUUACCUGACAUGUGAUAACGGCCAUCAUUGCCACCAAAAUAUUAGUUGGUGUUUGCAGCUGGUUCAGACGGCGAAGCGCAUUCUCGGCUUCCUGGGUCAGUUUCUUCAGUUGACCCCAUGUAGGGAGCUUGGCUUGCUGGGUUCCCACCAUAGUGGUAUGGUUUGUGCUCAUUUGGGAGAAAGCACGGAACAGCGUGUCGCCCACGGGCUGAGAGUUGCUCAUUACCUCCACUUUAACCGGCGGGUGGGUAGCCACUCAGAAGCUUCCCCUGUGGAAAUAUAAGCAAAUCCUCACCCCAAAUGCAGAAGUUCUCCCUCUCUCCAGGCUCCAUCUAGGGUCUUGUACCAGUCAGGACGAGCCAAGCCUUUAUCUGUGAACAUUGUUUGCUCUUCUGCAAAAUGUUUUUCUGCCACAGUCAUGCCAA